GUUCUGUUUUUUUCUCUUCGCGUUGUUUCUUUGCUUUUUUUCGCCGCCGCGAUUUCUUUGGUUUCUUCUUUUUUUGACCAAGGCUUGGCCUUGGGGAGUCCCUUUGCGUUUUGCCGUUUCCUUUGCUUCUCCUUCCUCCCACUUAGUUCGUCAUCAUGACGGAGCCUGGCAGAUGGUUGCUUCCACGCCCGUUCCAUGGACGCCCAGAGGAAAGCCUGGCGGCUUACCUGCGAGAUUAUGAUUCCUGCUUGAAGACCAACGGCUACGUCGCCCCUCCAGCCGAGGGAGAAGCAGACCCUAACCGAACUAGACUCGACCAAAUGCGUAUCUUUCUGCUACAACGCGGACUACAGGGACCGGCGGCUCUUGUCCUUGAAUCCUUAUCGGACGAAGACCGUGACGAUCCUGUCAAGCUGCGAGCAGCCUUAGUGGCCCGCUUCGGAGAUAAAGGAAAGGAGGCAGUACGCCAAGCGGAGCUCCAGGCCAGACGAAGGACACCCGGGGUCCCGCUCGACCGUGCACCGGAGUAUACGGCCCUGCCUCCUUCCAACGAGCCCGAUCCAACCGCCACCGUAACGACGGCUGGGGUUUGCCCGGUCAGCACGGCCAUGUAUUGCUCCGGUAAGAUCACUUUUGCCGAUACCACUGUUCCACUGACGGUCCUGGUAGAUUCGGGGGCUAGUGUCACAUUAAUCGAUUCCUCUGUUGUACCCUCCCAUGUUCGAUCAUCUUUGCGUCCCACUAGCUCCAUUGGCGUUGGGGCCUUGUAUAGUGCUAAUGGUACAUCAAUAACUUCUUUAGGAGUGGUGACUGGGAUGUUUCAGCUGGGGUCUCUCCGGUUUGAGGGACCAGUGAUCGUAGUUGACGAUUUACGAGAAUCAUGCCUACUAGGCGCUGAUCUGUUGAGGAAACAUAAGAUAUCUAUUUCUAUGGAUCCGUCGCCCACUCUUGUCAUGGGGCCAGAAUCCACCCCGAUCUUGUCUUCUCGUUACACUGCAAAUAUCGGCUCCACCUCUUGGUUUCAACAUACUUGGUCUGGGGUCGUGUUUCUCUUAGGCUUACUCGCUAUCCUGGGGUUAAGCAUUUUGGAUGGGAUUGGUACUUGGUUUUCCCUCCCACGUCUCCACGCCAUCACCUCCCUUUUCCAGGUUGUCCUGGGCAGUUUGUUCAUAGCGGCGUUUACCCUCAAAGGGACAUGGGGUUGUCCCCAACUGUGGCCUCAGUGUGGUAACCACCGACCCGACCCGCAGGGCCAACCUCCGGAAUUCACUACUCUUUGUUCCUCCUCGUUGCUCUCUGUGCCCCCAUGGUCAGUCCGGGUUGUGUAUCUAGAUCUUCCAUUGGGAUGGUCGGACCAGGAGGAAUUUCUCCCCACCCCUUUACCUUCUCCUGUCGUCCCAGCCCGGCUAGCUCAGUCGGUAGAGCAUGAGACUCUUAAUCUCAGGGUCGUGGGUUCGAGCCCCACGUUGGGCGCCACUGUUACGGAAUUUCUCCCCACCCCUUUACCUUCACACCACACAACGGUUCGUUGACUCAUUUGUCGGCUC